AUGAUUUGGUUAAAGGCCAUCUACGGCCAGAUUCUCACAAUCGUUGCCAAUCUUCUUGUCCUUUGCAUGCUCAACUCUCUCGCAAUGCUCCUAACACCAGUUUCAACCCCCAUUGCUUGGUAUAUCCAUCUCACAAAUCAACCUCUCCUCGAGCAACUCCGCAUGGCAAUCACUAGUUUCUCUAAAAAACGAUACAUGAUUGGCCAGGACGGCCGUAGACCCUUUGGAUCUUGUCUUGCAACUUGUUUCCUUACAGCCCUAGGACUCACCUUUUUUUUCCUCUCAACAAUUGUCUUCCAAACCUCAGAUACAGCUCUCCGUAGAUCUCCCAAUGGUGUUGCCCCAGCACUCAUUGGUGGCCAAAAUAUGCAAACUUCAAAUACCGCUGAAGUCCGCUAUCCACUCAUCACUGACGAUUACUUGGGCCCUGAAUCUGUUUCCGAUGGCUCUCUUCUUCAGCCAACCCAACUUUGGAAUACCUCUGUAGGUGGAGGUGUUGCCCAAUCAGAAACUCAGUUUAAUGGAAACGUUUCAGUCUUUAUCAAUGAUCUCAACUGGAUGACUGUCUCUGAUUCUUCCGGUAAAGAUUUUACAACUACAAUUUAUAUGACAAUAGACGGUAUCUCUGCAGACACUAUUUCUGCAACUACCCCAGGAACUAUUACGGCACGCGUCAUGGACAAUAGUCUGCCCGCCAUUUUCGAAGUCCCCCUUACUGCAUCCGGACUCGGAGACGCGUACGCAUUUGCCGUCCAGGGCAAGUAUACCCUCGAUUAUGUACAUUUCCAACUUGUUAGUUUCAGUGCUGAAACUUAUUCAAAUAGCGAUUGUCUUGACCAAUAUUAUCAGUUUGUUUCUUCUCAUACUCUUGAUAAUGGAACACUACUUCUCAACAAUACAUACAAUUAUUCAAGCAAUGCUGAAUACAGCCAAGAUUCGAUUGAGUCGGAUAUUGCAUCUGGCGACGUGGAUGUCAAGUACGGUCUCAUCUCGUUGCAAAACCUUACCACCGAUACCGACCAAUCGCAAACUUAUAGGCUCACUAAGCGUGCCGUACACCGCCAAACUACUAUUGCUACUGUUAAUGGAACCAUUGACGUUCUGGAGUAUGACUAUACGUUGUCUAUCACUCGCUAUGCCAAAUCUUCACUUGACUCGGACUACGCGGCUGUCUAUACUUCCAGUUCAACUUACACGGACGGCGUGACACUUCCAGUAACACCCAUGUUCCGGACCUCCAUGGAUACUUAUCUUAACGUGGCGACUCUUGUACAUAAUAAGAAUCUAUACACCAUUUUUGUGUAUGAGACCUAUGUGGACAUUUUGCCUACCAUUAUUUUGAUUGCUGUUUUUGGUGGUAUUACACUUUUGGCAACAAUCAUUUCUUAUGCAUACAAUAUCAAGCGUGUAAGAAACAGAGCAUACAGUGUUCCACUUGAAACACUUAACUUUGUACUUUACACUCCAGGCCGUGUUCUUUUCCCCAUGUUUCAAAAAAUUAAACGCGCUGAAUUUUCAAUGGUAGAUGGAUUUGAUCCUUCUACUGGAUAUAAUCAUAUGGGACUGGUUUCCCUGGAAGAUGCAGAACAUAUUACACAUCGCGAACCUGAUGUGCCUUAUGGAUUGGUCCAUAAGAAUCCUCAAGGUAUGCUAAACAAUCCUUCUCCAUACAGCUAA